UGACCUAAUUCCCUCUUUCCGCCUGCUUUUCAAAGUAAAGUUUCGAAUUCUGGUGGGAACGUCCAAAAUUCUCCGUACCGAUCGAAAUACCGAUGACUUUGAUCUUUUCCUCCGUUUCGCUUUCGAUUCCCACCUGUUUCAGAGUAUUCUGAGCAUCUCCGACUGUUUCCGCCAUUCAGGUCCGUUCAAAUCAGCCAGAGCAGCUCAUACCUGUGACUGAAACAGUUACGAACCUUUUUUUUUCUCGAGGAGAAGGUGCAUUUUCAAAAUUUGAUUCUUAGGCUACUCAGACGAUGAAACUCUACAAAAUCUCUCUCUGGCAACUUCUUUCAGCCAUACACGAAUGCACCGCUGCACAAUCUCGAACCAGGGGAUUCCAUUUCAUUUUCCAGAGAAAUGCUUUCUUGCGUACCAAACAGUGUUGAGGAAUCUUACUGAAAUGUCACCACCAUCACCCACUCUACUCCCGACUUUUACUGCUCUCUUUCUCUCCCUCCUCGCCUUUGCCUCAGCAACGAAUGGCACCAUUGUCGUCAGAGGAAGCUCCACCACACUCCUAAGCGAAAACGGAACGUUCCAGAUGGGAUUCUUCAACGCCAACGGCGAGUCCAAGUGGUACUUGGGCAUUUGGUACUCCUCCAUCCCAUCCCGGACCUAUGUCUGGGUCGCCAACCGCGAAAACCCAACCAGAAAACUCGAAACGUCGACGUUCGAAGUCGACCGGUCCGGUCGGUUAGCGGUGAAAGAGUCCGAAAACCUAACGGUCUGGCAAAGCUCAAACGUCGAGUUCUCGACGGGCUUGAAGCUCCUGGACAAUGGGAAUCUGGUUCUGCUCACUCCGGAGGGUAUGGUCUCCUGGCAAAGCUUCGAUCACCCGACGGACACGUGGCUUCCCGGCAUGAACCUCACGAGCGAUCAGUUCCUAACCUCCUGGCAGAGCUCGUCAAAUCCCUCCCCGGGAUUGUAUUCUUUGCGGCUGAAGACAUCGAACUAUGGCGAGUUCGAGCUCGUUUAUAAUGCCACUAAGGUUUACUGGAUCACUGGGAACUGGACCGGUGAGGCAUUUGCUAAUGUGCCGGAGAUGACUGUACCGUACAUUUAUAACUUCAGUUUCGUGGACCCCUUCACCCCGAAGGCGUCGUUUGGGUUCACUUUGAGGUCGCUGGACAACGGGUCGGGCCCGCCGUUGACCGGCUUCAAGAUUGACUGUAUGGGCCGAUUGCAGCAGUACUCGUGGUGGCAACGGUCGGAGAGCUGGAACAGUUUCUGGGCGCGGCCGGAGAGCGUGUGCCGAGUGUACGGACUGUGCGGGAGUCUCGGUCUCUGCGGUAGCAUGGGAUCGAGGCCCUGCGAAUGUCUACCUGUCCCAGGAUUCAAACCUGUAGACGACGGGGCAUGGGAGUCUGGAGACUAUUCCGGUGGGUGUCGCCGGGAGAACGAGAGCUCGUGUAAUGGGAAUGACGAGUUUGAGAGGCUCGGAGCCGUACGUUUCGAUGGGGCCGUGACGCGGUCGUUUUCGGGUAAUCGAAAGGCAUGCGAAAGGGCGUGUUUGAAUGAUUGCGCUUGCGUUGGACUAUAUUACGACGGGAGGAGUAGUUUGUGCAAGAACAUAUAUGGGUCGCUUUUGAAUCUCCAGAAUAUGAGUGAUGGUAUAGGUGGUGCUGAAGAACAAGUACUGUAUGUGAAGAGAACGAAGGAGAAGAGGAAAAGGUUGAAUCUUGAGGGUUUGAUUGUCGGCAUUGUUGGGUCGAUUUUGGUUUUGGGAUGUGUAGGGGUGGUGGGGUUUGUCUUUAUUAUAAAAAGGGGAAAGAAGAGGAAAGGAAUGGACGAAGAUGGUGGUUUUCCGGCAAUGAAUUUGAAAGUGUUUUCUUACAAAGAGCUUCAUUCAGCAACUCGGGGUUUCUCGGAGAAACUCGGGCAUGGCGGGUUUGGAACGGUCUUUCAAGGUGUUUUACCGGAUUCCUCCACUUUAGUGGCCGUGAAACGUCUGGAGAGGCCGGGCGGCGGAGAGAGAGAGUUCCGUGCGGAGGUGCGCACCAUUGGGAACAUCCAACACCUCAAUCUUGUGAGACUGAGAGGGUUCUGCUCCGAAAAUUCUCAUAGACUCUUGGUCUACGAUUACAUGCCUAAUGGUCCUCUGAGUGCGUAUCUACGCCGAGAGGGGCCUAAUUUAAGCUGGGAUGUUAGAUUUCGGGUGGCACUUAAUACUGCCAGAGGCAUUGCAUAUUUACACGAGGAAUGCAGGGAUUGUAUCAUACAUUGCGAUAUCAAACCCGAAAAUAUUUUGCUUGAUAGUGAGUACACGGCCAAGGUAUCUGAUUUCGGGCUGGCUAAGUUAAUUGGUAGAGAUUUCAGCAGGGUCCUGGCCACAAUGAGGGGCACAUGGGGCUACGUUGCACCGGAGUGGAUUUCUGGGAUCGAAAUUACCACCAAAGCCGAUGUCUAUAGCUACGGCAUGACAUUGCUGGAAUUGAUUGGGGGUAGGAGGAAUGUGGAAGCACCCCAGUCAGCAGACGGAGAGGGCAGAACUGGUGGAGUUGUGGGUAAGUGGUUCUUUCCUCCAUGGGCGUCACAACAGAUAAUUGAGGGCAAUCUGGGGGCAGUAGUUGAUAGUAGACUUGGUGACGCAUAUGAUAUUGAGGAAGCUAAGCGAUCUGCACUGGUGGCAGUGUGGUGCAUACAGGAUAAUGAGACAGUGAGGCCUAGCAUGGGAAUGGUGGUAAAAAUGCUGGAAGGUGUGGUGGAAGUGACCAUUCCUCCCGUGCCGAAAUUGUUACAAGCACUGGUUUCUGGAGAGUCUUUUAGCGGUGCUAAGGCCUCUUCAGGCAAUGGGGUAUCCGCUGUUGGUGGCUUUUAUGGCGAGAAUAUGGCAGUUGUGUCGGUUGGUGCUUCAGAAUCAUCUCUUGGGGAUGCCUCAUCUGCAACAAAUGAGAAUACAUCGCUCGAUGCUAGUCUUUCCUCGGAGGUCAAUCUUGCUAUGAAGCGUGGCAAAACAACCUCAUGUGCCACCUAAUCUGUGUGUAAAGUUCACAUGAUGCUAUGCAUAUGUACAACCUUUGGACGACACGUGCGGUUUAAGUAGAUUCAACUAC